UGGAAUAGUUUAUAUGAAGGAGGGGGGAAUCCAUUUCCUGCAGGUUCUGCUUUAAUUCCUGCAAGUUGAUAAGAAGCAAGAAGAAACUCCUGACUUUGUUCUGGGUCCUGGAAAGCCCCAGAGCAGCAGAGGAGCUAAGAAUAGGCCAGCAGGCAGUGUUUGUAAAGUCUGCAGUUCUUUGUUUUUAAAAAUGUGCUGAUCUAAUAAGGCUGAGGCAAGUUUGUGGCUGCUCUGUAUGAUGUUGUGUGUGGGUAGUGUUUUUCCCUCCUGCUUGUCUAUAUCACCCAGCAAAAUACAUCAGUAGGAUGUCUGAAGCGGAGACAUAAGAGUAACCCAGGCAGGACUGCGGUAGCUUCUGGAUGGCUUUGGUGGCAUUUCCUCAUGGUUUUUCUUUGCCGGGGAUCUUCCUUAGCUCAGCAGCGAGGCUUAAGCUACUAUGAGAAGGAAGAGAAUACUGGAACCGGAUGACCAAUUUGGAUAAAGGAGAUGUGAGCCAACUCAGCUUACCUUCCAAUACAAGCCAUGGUGAUGCUGACAGCAACAUCUGCCUUGACGUUCCAGAUGGCAAUCCAGACCCACAGAGGACGAAAGCUGCCAUUGAUCAUCUGCACCAGAAGAUCCUCAAGAUCACUGAGCAGAUCAAGAUUGAACAGGAGGCACGAGAUGACAAUGUGGCUGAGUACCUGAAGCUAGCUAACAAUGCCGACAAGCAACAAGCCUCUCGUAUCAAGCAGGUCUUUGAGAAGAAAAAUCAGAAGUCAGCCCAGACCAUUGCCCAGUUGCAUAAGAAACUUGAGCAUUACCACAAAAAGCUAAAGGAGAUUGAACAAAAUGGGCCCUCACGCCAGCCCAAAGAUGUCUUCCGGGAUAUGCAUCAGGGCCUCAAGGAUGUGGGAGCUAAUGUCCGUUCCAGCAUCAGUGGCUUUGGAGGUGGUGUGGUGGAGGGUGUAAAGGGUGGACUGUCGGGCCUUUCUCAAGCCACACACACAGCCGUGGUCUCAAAACCCCGUGAGUUCGCAAGCUUGAUCCGCAACAAAUUUGGCAGUGCAGACAAUAUUGCCCACUUGAAGGACACACUGGAUGAUGGGCACCCUGAAGAAGCCUCACGGACCCUGAGUGGCAGUGCCACCUUGGUGUCUAGCCCCAAAUAUGGUAGUGAUGAUGAGUGCUCCAGUGCCACUUCUGGCUCAGCAGCAGGUAGCAACUCUGGCGCGGGUGCUGGUUUGGGCAGUCCCAAGUCUAACACCUUGGACAGUCACCACUACAGUUUUGAGACCAUCAUAGAAGAACUAAGAGAUAUUAAGGACAUCCAGUCACACCUUGAGGACUCCAUGGAGGACCUCAAGGCCCAGCUGCAGCGAGACUAUACUUACAUGACACAGUGUUUGCAGGAGGACCGUUACAGAUAUGAGCGCCUGGAAGAGCAACUAAAUGACCUGACAGAGCUCCAUCAGAAUGAGAUGACCAAUCUCAAGCAAGAGUUGGCCAGUAUGGAGGAGAAGGUGGCUUACCAGUCCUAUGAGAGGGCCAGGGACAUUCAGGAGGCAGUGGAAUCCUGUCUGACUCGCGUUACCAAGCUGGAGCUUCAGCAGCAGCAGCAACAGGUGGUACAACUGGAAGGAGUGGAAAAUGCCAACGCCCGAGCCUUGUUGGGCAAAUUCAUCAAUGUCAUCUUGGCCUUGAUGGCUGUGCUGCUGGUCUUUGUUUCCACCAUUGCCAACUUCAUCACACCCUUGAUGAAGACCCGCAUGCGUCUCCUGAGCACCAUGCUGAUAGUUCUUUUUCUGUUCCUCCUCUGGAAGCACUGGGACUCUAUCACCUACCUUCUGGAACAUGUUCUGCUCCCUAGCUGAUUCCCUGGCAGCCAGAUGCCAGGGCUGCAAGGUGUCUGUUUUUCUUGUGGAGAUAGGGUGGAAAUCAAGAGGGUCCCAUUUCAGUUUCUUCGUCCAUUUGGAGUAUGUAACCCUCACUUGCCUUCCCCUGAAUAGCUACCUUUAUUCACAUCCAGCAUCUCAACAGUAAAGAGUGUAGUUGCAUCAUGGCUUCUGAGAGGCCAGAUAUGCACACCACUUCUCUAGGAAGCCUUGGCAAAUGAUUGUGGGAAGGCAAACAAAGCCUGUAGAGGGUUCCAUCUGUGGCAUAUUAGACCUUCUUUAAGCAGACAGAGCAAUGGUGAAGGCAACAUUUUGGAUGCAGACUGGAAUGACAUUCUCUAGAAAGUGAUUGUUCAGUUUGAGGGUUGCUGUUUCUUCUGCCUGAUAAGGAUGGUGGAAAGCUCAUUCCUAGGUUCAGUACUAACAUAUGAGGACAAAUUUCCAACACUGAAAGUGAACUUUUGUUUUCCUUUUUGUAACUUCCUGCCCUUUAGGAACAUGCAUUGAGUUCAAGAGUAGAAUGUACAUAUCACACCAGCUUAUCCAAGUCACGUGGAUACUUACUUUCCAUUCCUACAGAACAGCUGAUACACCAGAACUUAGCUGAGCAUCAUAUUACAAUAGGUUUACCAUCUUCACUGAUUGUUUUAACAGUUAGUUGUAUCCAGCAGAGAAGGAUCUGAGGAAGAAGAACCUACCACUCUGGUGGAAGCUCAAUAUUUUUGAUUGAUUUUGUUUUCUUUCUUUUUGCUUUUGUUUGAAAUCUUCAGGGACUUAAAAGAAAUUCUGGCACUGUAUCUGUGAAUCCUACCAUCUUUGCAAGUGUGUGUGGGUGUUUAUUUAUUUUGCAAAUCUGUUUUGUUUUCAGGAGGGGAGGAUUUUCAGCUGCCUUUGCAUUUCCUGUGUCCCUAAAAAAAAGGAACAUGAAGAGGGCCUUUAAAUGUUUUAAUAGCCUUAGUCUGUGCAAAAUUACUGCAUCUCCAUUUGAAUUUGUCAAUGCUUUAUCAAAUUGUUCCAACAGAGAACUUGUCCAUUACUUGCUUAGAAAGGCAGUUCUUUAUCUCUUCAUGCCAGAGUGAUGUUAUUAAUAGAACAUCAUUGUCAUUGGGCGGAAUAGGAUCACCCUUUAAUGGAGAUUUUCUCACAAAAGGGAAGACAACCAACCAUCUUAGGCUCAAACAAGUACUUAAAUUGCUUAUCAGUUGGUCACACCAUUUUGUUUUACUGCAAAACUGACCUGGCAUGGUGCAUUUGAAAUUAUCUAGCUCAGGAAUUUGUGCGAUACUCUAUUAGUAUUUGCAAGAUUUUUUUGGGGGGGGCUGCCAAAAGAAAAGUUUUAUUGUCGUUUGGGCUCAAGAGAUGCUGUAAUAAUAGAUCAGAAUUGUUCCUUUCAGUACAGAACUGAGGCUAGAUCUACAUGCACAGCAGAACUGAAGCAAGAAGAAUCCUGCGAUGGUAGUAUGGGCGGGAACUCAUCAGAUGUGUGGGAAGUGUGUAGGGUCCUGUUUUUAUUGCCCAUGUAUAUUAAAAACUGCAACUAGAGAUCUAGUAGAACAGCUAGAGAGCUGGGCUAGAAUAAGCAUUUUCCAAAACAUCUCUAGAUAUCUAGCUAAUGGAAGACUUCUUUAACUUUUUUUGCAAAGAUCUUAUUCUUCACCUGCUGUCUGAAGCUAUAUGAUCCCCAGCAUUUCACAGGAUUUACUGCCGGUAUGGAUUUAGCUUUCACUGUGUGAAAACCAUGCUUGUGUAGAUUUUAGACUGAGGAAAACAUUGAGCAGAUGCCAGGCUGUUAUUUAGGCAUAAAAAGGCAAGAAGGAGAUGCAUUUGAUGAUGCUUUCAUCUAUUGCAAAUGCCUGGUGUAUAUAAGAUGCAAGAGUUCUGUACAGGACAGUGAGACUGUGAAGAGAGAAUUUUUAGCGGGUGUUUCUCGCAUCCCCAACAACACUAGAAGCUCCAUCUGCAGAAGUGUUUUUUCAUUAUGACUACUGAAGGCAGCAUAUUGCCCCCCCCCCCCCCGCUUUUUAAAAAUCAAGAUAUGGUCUCUUUUUACUUUAUGCUGACAUUUCUGUAACAUACUUCUGAGUUUGUUCUUUAUUAUGCAAGAUGUCUGAUUUUUUUGAUGAUAUUAUUUAUACAAAAUAAAUAUAGGCAGGAUAGCCUGUUAUUGAGACCAGACACUUGCUCUUGGCUCUGGGAGCCUUCUCGCACCUAGAAUUGGAGAUGUGGCCCAAGGCUGAAGGAGAUGAUCCUCAGUAGGGCCUACAUCUGCAGUACCACCCUGGAAUGUUGGUUUUAGAUCUAGUUUAUAGAAUGUGUUGACUUUUCCAAAGAGGCCUCUGUGACAGAAAUCCAUCUUGUAUAAGUAGCAUGCUGUAGACUGGCUUUAAUAAUGCCUGGAGAUGUGAAGAACCCAACCUUUCUUUUACACUUCUAUUUGUUAUAUGUUUUUCCUAAGGAAUCAGACAUUCAGCAUACCUUUCCUGGUUAGUUCCAGGAUAAGCUAGUUUAAGCUGCAUGGAUAAUUUAUUGAAUGAGGUCAAGACACAUGUUGGAUAAGUUAUAAAAGAGCUCUCAGUGACAAGAACAUAUUCCAGGCCGUGAAAUAAAAGAGGGGCUUUUUUGCUACAAUCCAUGGUGAAACUAUAUCUGUGUGCAGGAUUGGAGCUUUUACUUUAGUUCUAACCUUGCCCUAACCCCAAUACAGUCCCCAUUCUCAAGGUAAUGAAGGGGAGAAAGUUGGCUGUGGUGAGAAAGUCUCAUACUGGUUAGGAUAGAGGUAGAGAUGUGCUCGCGCAUGUGCGCUCUCUCUCUCUCUCUUGAUCUCUCUCACUCUCUUGCUCGCUCGCUCUCUCUCUCUCUCUCUCUCUCUCUCUCUCUCUGUGGACUAAAUGAGGGUCCUCAUGCCUGCUUUGCCCAGUAAUAGGAGAGCACAAGCAGAUGGAAUUCAUUAUUAUGCCUGAUUCCUUUUUUUUCCUUUAAACUACUGGGCACAGCAUACAUUUUGAUAUGAUCGACUGGAUAAUUUUGAAUAUUGUUUUCAAGAAUAAGGGAGUAGAAGCUCAUGACUUGCCCAAACUAGCAAGCACCACAAACAAGCAGUUGCAAUAGUCCUUUGAGGCCUUAAUUCAUCAUUAUUUACUGAUCUAAAUUUAGUUGACAUGCUGUCGUUCACCCUACUCCCCUACUUUGCCUUAACAAGAAUAGUCAUGGCACACGGCCAUACUGACUUUCACUGGAAGCCUAAAUCAAAGUGGUUUAGGGGUGUUUCAGUCCAUCAGCUAUACCCAUUUUAUCCGCAUACCUGCCUGUCGGCUUCUCAUCUCCCCAGCAGCAUGUUAAAGCAACAUUUUGUGCUCAAUGGAUGAUUGAGGCACUCGCAGCAUUAUUCUGGCAGAAGGAGGGUUUGAUUGUUCACGAAUUCAGGGCUGGAAAAUUGUGGACAGCAUUUUCACAUUGCAGUCACAAAGUGAAGCCCAUAAUUAAGAUGAAAGAUGUUUCUUGUUAGUGGUUUCAUGUCCUCUGAGCAGGGGAAUCCUCACAAGAUUUUACACUACUAAGUUUCUAGCCCUUUUGGCAGACUUGAGUUAGCAAGAGUGUGGUCUUCUAUCACAGAAGAAGUCCAAGGCCCACCACAUGGGAUAAUCCUUUUCCAAAUCUGUUUGACUGUAUUUAUUAUGUAUGCUUGAAUCUUGUCCUGCCUCCACCUAUUGAUAAUUCAUUGAUAUCCCAUUGGACAACCCACAAAGUGGAUGCUCUGGUUUCAUUUCACUAUAUUUUUCCAUUCACUUUUUCAAAUAAAAGCAAUUUUAAAAGACUGGCAAAA